AGGCGGGACGAGGUCGGAGCGUUCCUCCAGGGCUCUUUACUACACAGUACAGUACUAGAAACCCGCGUCCUGCGGAGGGGUGGAGACUGGGCGGCCCGAGCGGGGCGGAAGUGGUGGCUCAUGCGCACUUGGAUGGCCAGGGCGGCCGCUGGCCCGCGCGGGACACCUACCCUUUCGUGGCCGGACCACCACUCCCAGCAAUCUCGGCGGCUCGCGCGCCUGCGCGGUCCUCACCGCGCUCCCUUUGUGUCACCGGCCAGAGCUCAGCACAGAGCGGUCUGGAGACAAAGGGGCCCGCGAGGGGAACUGCUUCCGGCCUGGCCGUCGCAGAGGGCGGGUGACCUCGACCCCUUGCAGCCUGAGCUCUGCAAUCUGCUCUCAAACUCCGCUCCUUCACUUCGGGAAAGACACCUAGACCUAAGCCGGACAGGCGUCUCCGGGGUCCUGGGGUCUCUCCCUGUGCUGUCUCGGCCUCCCCUCUCCAGUGGCUCCUCUCCGCACCCCAAACUCCCAGAUUUGGGGCUUUUUAAAAAGCCGAGGCACAGACUAUCCCGUUGCCUGGACGACGGGCCGGCGCACAGGCCCGCCCCUUACGUCAGAGAUUCCGCCUGGUGGGCGUGGCCACCCCGCCUUUGUCCGCCGGUCCCGGCCUGCGCCGCAGCGCGUCCUUCCUGGCCGCGGCCGCCCGACGCGGUGGCCCGCGCUUCCCGCCCGUCCUCCUCUGCAGUCCGCGCGCCCCGUCUUCCCCAAGGUAUAGCUGUGGACCAACUGUUUAUGAUCACGCACACCUUGGCCAUGCGUGCUCAUAUGUUAGAUUUGAUAUAAUUCGAAGGAUCCUAACCAGGGUUUUUGGAUGCAACAUCAUCAUGGUGAUGGGAAUUACAGAUGUGGAUGAUAAGAUAAUUAAAAGAGCCAAUGAAAUGAAGAUAUCACCUGCUUCUCUUGCCAACCUUUAUGAAGAAGAUUUUAAACAAGAUAUGGCAGCCUUGAAGGUUCUCCCACCCACAGUAUACUUGAGAGUAACUGAAAAUAUUCCUCAGAUCAUUUCUUUCAUUGAAGGAAUAAUUGCUAAUGGGCAUGCUUACUCAACAGCAAGAGGCAAUGUCUACUUUGAUCUGCAGUCGAGAGGCGACAAGUACGGCAAGCUCGUCGGUGUGGCUCCUGGUCCUGUUGCAGAGCCAGGUGAUUCCGACAAGCGGCAUGCCAGCGACUUUGCCCUGUGGAAGGCAGCCAAGCCCCAGGAGAUAUUCUGGUCCUCUCCUUGGGGAAACGGAAGACCUGGCUGGCAUAUUGAAUGUUCUACCAUCUCAAGUUUGGUGUUUGGAAGUCAACUGGACAUCCACUCGGGUGGCAUAGACCUAGCUUUCCCGCAUCAUGAGAAUGAAAUCGCACAGUGUGAGGUCUUCCAUCAGUGCCAGCAAUGGGGAAAUUACUUCCUGCAUUCUGGACACUUGCAUGUAAAAGGCAAAGAAGAAAAAAUGUCCAAAUCACUGAAAAACUACAUCACUGUUAAGGACUUUCUGAAGACAUUUUCCCCCGACGUCUUCCGGCUCUUCUGCCUGCGGAGCAGGUACCGGUCAGCCGUGGACUACAGCGACAGCACCAUGCAGGAAGCUCAGCACCUCCUCCGGGCCGUGGCCGCGUUCGCCCAGGAUGCUCGGGCCUACAUGAAGGGGCAGCUGGCGUGCGGCCCCAUCAGGGAAGACGUGCUGUGGGAGAGGCUCAACCACACACAGGCUGCUGUGAAGGCCGCCUUGGCAGACGACUUUGACACGCCUGGGGCGGUGGAUGCCGUCUUGGAUCUCAUUCACCAGGCGAACAGACAGCUGAAGGUGGUCACUAAGGAGCCUGGCGGUCCCAGGAGCCCUGCUGUGUUCGGCUCCAUCAUCUCCUACGUUGAGCAAUUUUUUGAGACGGUUGGAAUUUCUCUGGCAGAACGACAGUUUGUUUCAGGGGACAGCGGCUCAGCCACGCUGCACAGCGUGGUGGAGGAGUUGGUCCGAUUCCGGCUCAAGGUCCGGCAGUUCGCCCUGGCUACGGGAGAGGCUACCAAGGAAGCCCGGCGGCAGCAGCUCCUAGAGAGGCAGCCCCUGCUGGAGGCAUGUGACACCCUACGCCAGGACCUUGCCGCCCACGGCAUCAGUAUUAAGAAGCAGCACAUCCACAUGGGAACUGCUGGGUCAGAGGUCAGAAGACCACAAACCUGGGAGCUGAGGACGCGUGAAGCGGGAACCGCAGGCUCACAAUGCGGCUCUGUGCUUGCUUAAGUCCCUAUAGAAGCUUUACAUUAAAGUUUUCCAUUGUGACUAUUUAGUCAACAUUAAAAUAAGUCAAACUGA